UUCGGUCAGAUCGAGGAGUGCACCGUCCUGCGGGGGCCUGAUGGGGCCAGUAAGGGCUGUGCGUUUGUCAAGUUUUCCAGUCAUGCAGAAGCUCAGGCUGCGAUUAACAGUCUUCACGGAGGACAGACGAUGCCUGGAGCAUCAUCCAGUCUGGUGGUGAAGUUUGCAGACACCGAUAAGGAGCGAACGCUGCGGCGGAUGCAUCAGAUGGCGGGUCAGCUCGGCAUCUUCAGCCCAAUGAGCGUCCAGUUUGGAGCGUACGGCGCAUACACACAUGCUCAGCAGCAGCAGCAGCAGGCGCUCAUGGCAGCGACGCAGAACUCGUAUCUGAACCCCAUGGCUGCUCUCGCCGCCGCACAGAUGCAGCAGAUCGCAGCUUUCAACCUCAACGGCCUGCUGGCUGCGCCCAUGACCCCAUCUUCAGGCAGCAGCACUCCUCCAGGUAUCGGUGGCGGUGGUCUCUCCUCCAUGGGUGUGAAUGGCUUCAGUGCUCUCGCUGCUCAGAGCAACGGCCAGCCGGCGUCUGAAACACUCUACACCAACGGCAUACACCCUUACCCAGCACAGAGCCCGACAGUGGCUGAUCCUCUCCAGCAGGCGUAUGCAGGUGUGCAGCAUUAUGCAGCAGCCUAUCCUGCUGCGUAUGCGCCAAUCAGCCAAGCCUUUACCCAGCAGUCUCCAAUCAUUCCCCAGCAGCAGAGGGAGGGACCAGAGGGCUGUAAUCUGUUCAUCUAUCACCUGCCGCAGGAGUUUGGUGAUGCGGAGCUCAUGCAGAUGUUUCUGCCCUUCGGUUUCGUGAGCUUCGAUAACCCGUCCAGUGCUCAGGCUGCCAUUCAAGCCAUGAACGGCUUCCAGAUCGGCAUGAAGAGGCUGAAGGUUCAACUCAAGAGACCGAAAGAUGCAAACCGACCAUACUGA